AUGUUUCACAGUUGUUGGUCUUUUAAGAUAGCAUUACAGGAUAGCAAGGGGAAUGAGGAUGUGAAAGUUUUUGUGAAGGUUAAUGGCAAAGAGUUUCCAAUUGGAACACUAUCAGUUGACAAAUACCCUCAGUAUACAACUAGUUUGGUAUUCGAGAAGGAUGAAACAAGCACUGAAGAAGAUGAUGAAUCUGAUGAGGAGGUUCCACAGGCUAUUCCAUUAUACCCUAACACAGAUGAUGAUAAAAGCAAAGAAAGUAAAUGUGGUGUGGAGAAGCCUGCUGCUACCAAGUCCUCUAAAGCAAAGGUUUGCUUGGAGGAAGCAAAGAAUCCUGACAAGCAUAAAGAUGAUGUUGGUGGCACUGACGAUGAUGAAAGUGACAAAGAUGUUGAUUCAGAAGGUGGUGAAUCGGGUGAUGAUGAGAAUUCCAGUGAUGAGGAUGAUGGUGACAGUUCAAAUGAAGAAGAUGAUGAAGACUCUCCAAAGAGUGCUAAGCGCAAGAAUAGGCCAGCAGAAACACCCUUGAAGACACCUCCAGGGAAGAAGGCAAGGAUCACAACACCGUCUAUGGGCAAAAAAACUGUCAGUGAUGAUGCUAAGAAAAGUAACCACGUCCAUGUUGCAACCCCUUAUCCAUCAUCGAAGCAGGUGAAGAUGACUCGCUCAAUCAUUGACAGCUCUAAUCAAUCCACUGGCUAUGCCUGCAAGUCGUGCAGCAAGACUUUCUACUCUUCCGUCGGUCUUGAAACUCAUUGCAAAGUGAAGCACAGUACACGACCACAAUGUCUGAUGCCUAUUGGUCUUCUAGAACAUGUUAGUGUACUGCUACGCUGCUGUUUUAUCUGCCCAGAUUUUCUGCCGAAUGGCUAA